AUGAACGUACCCACGAACGCGACCCAGGCCAAAGAGCGCCUCUAUUCUCAACUAGCAGCAAGCCUAGGCAGAAUGUCUCGAGCGAUCAGCCAAACCGCCGACCUUUGCGAGCAAUUGCAGGUCGAUCUCCAUGCGAUGAGGGUGUUUGCUGGGUUGGAUGCGGCGAAGCUUAUGACUGUCGCUGCCUCGCUCAACCCGGAGGAUGAAGAGGAGGCUGAAGGAGCCGAGGGUGGAGAAAAAUCCACGGCUUAG